UCCACCAGUCAGGAUGUGGAGUCCAACGUCUGAGACUCAGUUACAGAGGAACAGCAGCCAGGCCCCUUCCCCAGGUCUUAUCCAUAGACUUGACCACGUUGUGAUGACCGUAAGGAGCAUUGAAGACACUAUCACAUUCUAUUCCAAGCUCCUGGGCAUGGAGGUCACUACCUUCAAGGGAGACCGGAAGGCAUUGUGUUUUGGAGAUCAAAAAUUUAACUUACAUGAGGUAGGAAAGGAAUUUGAGCCCAAAGCAGCUCACCCGAUUCCGGGCUCCCUGGAUCUUUGUCUGAUCACGGAAGCACCUUUGGAGGAGGUGAUCCAGCGCCUCAAGGCUUUCAACGUCCCCAUUGAGGAGGGCCCAGUCCCCAGAACAGGAGCAAAAGGGCCGAUUAUGUCCAUCUACUUCCGAGAUCCUGACAGAAAUCUCAUUGAGGUGUCCAACUAUGUCACCUCAUGAUUGACACCGACCUUCCUUCAUUCUGUUCCACAAGAUGUCGUCUUAUCCCUCGUUUCCUGCAAAUCCCAGAGACCUCCAAGAACUGAGAAGGUUGGCACA